GCGGCCGCCGGGCCUCCAAGAUGGCGGUGUGCGUGGCGGUCAUCGCUAAGGAGAAUUACCCUCUUUACAUCCGCAGCAGCCCCACCGAGAAUGAGCUGAAAUUCCACUACAUGGUACACACGUCCCUAGAUGUGGUGGACGAGAAGAUCUCUGCCAUGGGGAAGGCCUUGGUGGACCAGAGGGAGCUCUACCUGGGCCUGCUGUACCCCACGGAGGACCACAAGGUGUACGGCUACGUGACCAACUCCAAGGUGAAGUUCGUCAUGGUGGUGGAUUCCUCCAACACGGCGCUGCGGGACAACGAGAUCCGCAGUAUGUUCCGGAAGCUGCACAGUUCGUACACGGACGUGAUGUGCAACCCCUUCUACAACCCCGGGGACCGCAUUCAGUCCCGGGCCUUCGAUAGCAUGGUGACAUCCAUGAUGGUCCAGGUGUGCUGAGGGACAGCCCUGCCGCUGUCAUGGGGGAGAGGCCCUGGGGACAUGACUGUAUCAUCGUGCAGACAUCCGUGAUCGCUUGCCUGUUUCUGAGCCUCACAGACGUGCUGCUGGGGGCACGGUCUCCGGCGUGCUGCGUGCAGACUAAAUGUCCUCUGGGAUCGGA